GGCAAAGGCUUUCUGCAAUGCACCGUGUGGGCAGUGCGGGGAAUACAUCCAAUUCAGCUCGCCCUCGAAAGGAGAAGAGGUUGACAUAUGUUUUGAAUGAUGCUGAUGAUAGAACGCAUUGUGCGGGUGUAAACUGUUUGGAAGUAUUAAAGUCAUUGGCACAUGAAGGGUGUGAUUAUCUCUUCACUGGAAGCCGUGAUGGCACACUGAAGAGAUGGGGGCUAGCUGAAGAUGUUGCUACUUGUUCUGCGACAUUUGAGUCACAUGUUGAUUGGGUCAAUGAUGUUGUCCUUGCUGGUGAUAAUACCCUUGUUUCUUGUUCAUCAGACACUACUCUCAAGACAUGGAAUUGCUUGUCUGAUGGAAUUUGUACCAGGACACUCCGCCAACACUCUGACUAUGUUACUUGCCUCGCUGCAGCAGGGAAAAAUAGCAAUAUUGUUGCUUCUGCUGGCCUUGGUGCGGAGGUUUUCAUAUGGGAUAUUGAAGCUGCUCUUGCUCCAAUCUCAAAAUCAAGUGAUGCAAUGGAGGAUGAUUGUUCUAAUGGUAUUAGUGUUUCUGGAAAUUCGCUACCCAUUACAAGUUUGCGCACUAUCAGCUCCAGCAACAGCAUUUCUCUGCACUCAACUCAGUCUCAUGGAUAUGCUCCCAUUGCUGCCAAAGGCCAUAAGGAAUCAGUCUAUGCAUUGGCCAUGAAUGACAGUGGAACCCUCCUUGUUUCUGGUGGAACUGAGAAGGUUGUACGUGUUUGGGACCCAAGAAGUGGUUUGAAGACUAUGAAGCUAAGGGGGCAUACAGAUAAUAUUAGGGCUCUGCUUCUGGAUUCUACUGGCAGGUUUUGCCUAUCAGGAUCUUCUGAUUCUAUGAUCAGAUUAUGGGAUCUUGGUCAGCAAAGAUGUGUGCAUUCUUAUGCUGUUCAUACGGAUUCUGUUUGGGCACUUGCAAGCACUCCUACUUUUAGUCACGUUUAUAGUGGUGGGAGGGACCUUUCUUUAUACUUGACAGACUUGGCAACAAGAGAGAGUCUUUUGCUUUGCACCAAGGAACACCCCAUUUUGCAAUUAGCAUUGCAUGAUGAUAGUGUAUGGGUUGCGACAACAGAUUCUUCUGUGCAUAGAUGGCCAGCAGAAGGGCGUAAUCCUCAAAAGGUUUUUCAAAGAGGCGGUUCAUUCUUGGCUGGAAACCUGUCCUUUUCAAGGGCAAGGGUUUCCUUGGAAGGAUCUACCCUGGUUCCUGUUUAUAAAGAACCAACGUUAACCAUUCCUGGAACACCGGGCAUAAUGCAUCAUGAAAUUUUAAAUAAUAGGAGGCAUGUACUGACUAAGGAUGCUGCUGGCUCGGUAAAGUUAUGGGAGAUCACAAGGGGUGUUGUGGUUGAGGACUAUGGAAAGGUUUCCUUUGAAGAGAAGAAGGAGGAAUUAUUUGAAAUGGUGAGCAUUCCUGCUUGGUUUACUGUGGAUACAAGACUUGGAAACUUAUCUGUCCAUUUGGAUACCCCACAAUGCUUUUCUGCGGAGAUGUAUUCUGCUGAUCUUAACAUUGUUGGGAAACCUGAGGAUGACAAGGUUAAUUUAGCACGAGAAACGCUAAAAGGUCUUUUUGCUUAUUGGUUAACCAAAAGAAGGCAGAGGUUUGGAUCCCUAGCCUCUGCCAAUGGGGAAGUACUGCCUGGAAACAAUAUUUCUGCCAGAAGUCUGACGCAUUCAAGAAUUGAGGUAGAUGGUAAUGCUGAAAAUGAUUCCGUGGUGUAUCCUCCAUUUGAGUUUUCAACAGUCUCCCCACCAUCUAUUAUUACAGAAGGUUCCCAUGGUGGUCUGUGGAGAAAGAAAAUCAGUGAUUUAGAUGGUACUGAGGAUGAGAAAGACAUCCCUUGGUGGUGUCUAGAUUGUUUGCUGAAUAAUCGCUUACCUUCUCGAGAGAAUACCAAGUGCAGCUUUUAUCUACAUCCAUGUGAAGGAUCAGCUGUUCAGAUCCUCACGCAGGGGAAACUCAGUGCACCUCGAAUAUUGAGGAUACAUAAAGUUGUCAACUAUGUCAUAGAAAAGAUGGUCCUUGACAAGCCAUUGGAUAGCGCUAGUUCUGAUGGGACGUUUGCUCCUGGACUGGCCGGAGGGCAGCUACAGCACUCAGCAGUGGGAGGAGAUGGAUCUUUUCGGUCUGGUUUGAAGACUUGGCAAAAGAUUAAGCCUUCAAUAGAGAUCCUGUGCAAUAAUCAGGUCUUAUCUCCUGACAUGAGCUUAGCCACAGUCCGGGCUUAUGUGUGGAAGAAACCUGAGGACCUGAUCCUCAAUUACAGAGUGGUGCAAAGCAGGUGAUGUCUGGAUGAGGGUUCGAGUGUCUUGAGGCCUAUAGUUGUGGUGAUCAUCUCAUGCUUGUGUAAAGUAAUUGGAAACAAUUUAUUAUUCUGGGUGCUUCUCAUGAUAAAGCUAUUUAUUGUGCCCUUUGUAAAUCUGGAAAAUCACUAAGUUGCCGAGGCGAUGGCAUCUUUGAAGUUUGCCGAGAAGCUUGCACUUUGCAGUUGUUCUAGUCGGACAGGAGGUCAUAUAAAUUUUGAACUGUGUAGAUGAGUUGCAGGACUUUACAUUCGAGGAUUCGCUGGACACUGAAGUUGUUAGCUCAUGUCGGGAUGCAUCAGUAUAUUGUGGGGUUCACUCAGAAAAAAAAGUGGAGUAUUGGAAAUUUCUUGAGCCAAAUUAGGUAUAUGAUGUCGAAAGCUUUGUAGAUUUUUUUUUUUUCUUUAGAAAAAAAAAAGUUAGGUAGGUGGGUUUGUGUUUAUGGUAUGUAGCAAAUACUAAAAAAUUAAUUUUUUGGAAAUAAAAAUAUUCCCAUUUGUGAUUA